UUUUUAUUCUCGACAGACUUGGACCCAACCACAAAGCACGGUCAUUGUUCCGUCCUAUAUCUAUUUGUCUAUUCUCAGCCCCGACGUCAACAUCCUGUACCCGUUUCGAACCACAUAUCGAUCACGGCUUGAUAAUACAACCCCGACGAAGGAAGCUGGGCCAUACAAGACCUCUUUGUGUGAGGCCUUCUCGUUAUAUCGCUCUUGGGUUAAGGGUUACCGGAAGAUCUCCUGCCACCGCCACACCACGUUGCCAUCGUUCAACUGGCAAGAAAGCCUCUCGAUCGUUUGUGUCUUCUUUUGUCGGCUUCUACUUCAACUACUACCUUGUGAACGGAGUCUUCCAACGGAUCUCUUAUAGCGAAGCCCCACCUUGUCGCAAUAUACCCUGGGUCGCCACUCACUCCGACUCGAGUCUCCCCUUUCUCCUCCCCCCCUCCUGAGGGACACAGGCAAGAGGACCUGCACUUUUACUGGUCUUUGCGUCUGCCGCAGACCCCGAAAUUCAGGAACAUAAUAGAUUAGCAGCACACUCCCUUGUGCUACUUUCAGUAAAGCCAUGGACUCGAACCAGGCACAGCUUCAACAACAACAACAACCAGAACAACAACAGCAACAACCAGCUGCUGCAUCCAACUUCAACUUGCCCGACGACCAAAAUAAAAACGUUCAACUCAGCAAGGGUGCAUCUCCGCCAGUAGCCGUCACAAUGGCUAGCAACGAGAUGCCCAGAUCCGAAGGCAUGAGUGCACCGCAAGGACUGUGGACCACGCCAACGUCGCAAGGCAUGCGACCUCGUCCAGCAACCAUUCACGAAGGCUUCUCAUACUCGGUCGCAGAGGGUUAUGACAACCUGCCGUCAUGGGACUCUUCGACUUUGCCAGUUCAACAACAGACUCCUAGUGAUACCAUUGCGUCGUCACGGCCGAUCUCUGUGCACCAGGAGUUUUACCCCCCGACGACAAUGGAGUCAAGCAACUGGAUGCAAAAGCCAUGCGAGGAGAACCUGGAGUUUCACGGCCUGGAGAACGAGAUGAGCAUUGGUCAGGCGUACACCACCGACGAAGCCAUUCCGAUUCUUGACCUGCGGUACCCGGGGGCCCAGGUAGAGAACGAGCCGGUACCGUUCGACCACAACAUCAACCCACGCAGGAUGUCUGGCUCUUCGUUCACCAUGUCAACGUCAGGAGGACUGUCAGAGAUGACUUCGUAUGAGGACUUCUCAGCGGCUAUGUCUGAUGCGCCUUCGUUCAGUUCGGACUACCCGCCGCCUUCCAACAGGAACUCGUUGAUGUCGUCGACCCAAUUGUCCCCUGUUGCCUCGCCGCGCAUGACCCCUCAGAGCCGGUCCGAACUGGUAAGGACGCAGAGCAGAGGCAGAGCCUCCCCAUCGCCACGCCCUGGUAUGCGCUCUGCGCCCUACAGUGUCGAGAGUGCAAGGAACAAGAGGUGGUCCACAGGCUCCUAUGGCACCACGCCCAACAGACGGCACUCGCCCUUCGUCUACCACCCCCACGAUGCUUACGGCCAGCGCAUGUCCUCGAGGCACUCAUCGCCCACGAUCGCGCACAGCCAGGUCCCCCUCAACAUGGGCAACCUGCAGACCAUGCAGCAGCAGGCUUACUUCAUGCCGCCCAACCCGGCGUUCCCACGACACAGCAUGUUGCUGCCAUCCCAGCUUCCGUCAAACGGCUAUCACCACCCGGACCCGCACGCCCUGGAGCACCCGCCCCCGCUCAUGUCGCACGGCCUUUUCCGCAUGUUGCAAAGCAACGCUGAUCCCCACUCGUUACAUGGGCACUACACCGACCUGUCGGACCCGCCGGACUUGUACGCUUCGCUCCACGAGGAGCAGAUCCCGCCGCCUCCUGAGGACAUGAACCCGUCAGACCCCGAUUUGGUGCCCCACGAGCAGGAGCUGAGGUUCGAGGGCGAUCUGUACACUCCGAGAUGGGUGCGUGGGCACGGCAAUAAGCGUGAGGGAUGGUGUGGUAUCUGCAAGCCUGGCAGGUGGCUCGUCCUCAAGAACUCUGCUUUCUGGUACGACAAGAGCUUCACGCACGGAAUUAGUGCCGCCACUGGCAACCCGUUCCAGGAGCCGCAAGAGACGAGGCGGAUGGAUGGCAACCCCGACGUUUGGGAGGGGCUAUGUGGAAGCUGCAACGACUGGAUUGCGCUGGUGAGCAGUAAGAAGAAGGGCACGACCUGGUUCAGGCAUGCAUACAAGUGCCAUACGCAUCCCAAGAUCAAGGAUGCCCCCAAGCGGAGGCGGGAGAGCAGCCAUACAAGGCUUGCCGCAAGUCAAAUGGCCAAGCCCAAGACAGAGGGUCAACAGCAGUCGCAGGCACCGCUGACGCCGCAAAUGACACCUGCAUCGACUUCAAUGUCGGCCAUCAGCACGCCAACGCCCGCGCAGCUGCACACGCCACACUCGCAUAUGCAAACCCCUCAGCUGCCGCCUCACCAGCACUUGAUGCAGGUCCAGACCCCCCAGCAUCACCCCCACCACAUGCAGGGGCAAAUGUCGUCGCCUAUGCACCCACAACAGCCUCACAUGAUGCAGCCUCCAACUCCCGCCAGGUCGCAUCAUCUGCACCCAACCCACGCCCCGCCGCUUCCGCACCCGCAGAUGAACGUUCAGUACGGGCACAUGCCGCAGCAGAGGCCGCCGACUAGCGUUAAUCCCGGCAUGGAUGGAAUGCCCAACAUGAUCUGAUCAGCGUCUUUUGUUUUCGAUUUUUGAUUUUGGUCUUUUUUGUUUUUUUUUAUUCCCCCUUAACAAAAAAAGCAUUUGCACCUAAUUUCCAAUUUGACAAUACCCCAAAUUUUCCGAUUGUCUACUCAUCACCCGCACUAUCCCCCCUACUUCAAAUUGCAUUUCUCGUCAUUUUGCGUUUCUUGUUUAUGCUGUUACGACUAUUCCUUUUUGCCAUUGGUCGUCUUCAAAACUUUUGUGUGUUUUUUUGGUCAUAUCUUGGUAGCGAAUUCUGUGGAUUUACAUUUGGGGGCAUCGCGGGAUGGAUUUGUUUGUUUAGCACCUGUGAAUGGCGAAAUACCACUAUAGAAGGAUAUGGUCUUUGGAAUUUGUCUUUUAUUGCUUGAGUUUACAGAGUAGAAAUACCAGGGGUGGCAUUGAAAACUGAACUAUUUCAACUCUAUACAUGCAUUAUCAUUGCAACUGUUGACAGUGACCAUCU